CCCCUGACAUUAUCACAAAAUAUUUUUAUUAUUACCUAAUACCUGUAAGCAAAAAUGUGUAUGAUACUUUGCGCCCAUCAAUACAUGGACAAAAAUGUGCACUGAUUUAACUACUGUUUUUCAUCAAUUUCAUGUACAGAACUCAAUCCUUUAAAUCGUUCAAGUAUUAAUUUCUUCAGUUCUUAACUUACUUAAUAUACCUCAUUGGUUAAGGGGGUUCCUAGGGAAAUAAAUGUGAAUUUUUCGAAAUGUAUCAAAAUUUUAAAAUUGGUACUUUCUUAUCCAAAAUUUAUCCCUCUUUUCAUCUGUGCACUUUAUUUUUGUAAAAAGAUUACAUAAAGCUCCUUUUUUGCCUUUUUAUAAAGAUAAAUAGGCACAAAUAUUUCAAAAAAGUGCUUUCACGUCUAGUUUUUGGUCUUAAAAUCUCUUAUAAUAAUACGGAGAGUGUGUCCGUCUGUCUGUGACAGGCAAAGUUGAUGUCUUCAUUUUCCUUUGAUGUUGCCGAAAAAUGCAUGUCUAAUAUGUUAAAUUUUCUGACGUUACAACGCGACGAAAAUAACACUACUUUAACGUCAAUAUCCUAUAUUAAAUUAAUGAAGCCAUUACAGUGAACCUAAAACUUUGAGGCCAAAUAACUUGGAAACGAGGUGGUGACGUCAAUGAUUUUUCACCGCGUGGGUAACUAGGGACCAACUAGGAUCAAUUUGGGUAAUUUUCCCAAACCUGGGUCCCCGAAUCCGUUUCGGAAUGGACGGGUUGAUGACGUCAUCGAAAAACCUUCAAAUCCUAAUAUCUCUGCAACCGUUUGUCAAAAAUACGCGAUCCUAUACAUUUUCUUGCUCAGCGUUUCAAGAUCUAUACGAUGAAGGCAACAGGCAUACACAUUUCUGAAAAAAAACAUUUUGUGUUCUGACAUGUCUCUGCUGACGUCAUCAAAAUUUAAAUGACGGUUGUUUUUCUCUGUUAUCCUGCCUAAGUGGAUUUUUCCACGGGCCUUAUCGACUAGUAACACUUAUAAUGACUUUCUUAUGCCCAAUAUUCUGUAAAUGUCUUCUUUGCUCUAUUGUGUUCUGUCGCAUGUCCCGUACAGCUAAAGGCUAUAGCUCAAACUAACUAGGAGAAUUUCAGAAGUUAAACAAGUGUGGCAAAGAUAGCAAGCUAGCUGCUGAAGUUUUACAAACGUAUUUUUGCUACUAUCACUAUUCUCGUUUAUUUUUUAUUACUAUUCAUUCACAUUUUACUAAAGAAUUCUCUAUAAAGUUCCUUCACAAAUUUCGCGUUUUAUAUUAUGGUUAAUGCUCAAAACAGACAUAGAAAGAAGAAACACAAGUUUGGAAACAACCAACACACUUUCAAGAAGAAGCGUAAAUUGAAUGAUAGUGAACCAGUUCCUGCUACUCCAAACGGCUUGAGAUCUCAAAAAUUAUCUUCUACUGACGGUUCUGUUCUUGAGAAAGAGAACUACUUUGUUUUUAUAGACUUUGACAUUCUUAAAACAUUUAUUGAAGCAGUAGCUGUAUGCAAUCGCAAAGACUGUGGGUCCAAAAAUGUAGUCUUCUUGAAUAAACUUAACCUACGCAUGGGACUAGCAUGUAAACUUCAAUUAUUGUGUAACGAUUGUUCCCACGAAGUUACAUUCUUUACCUCUGAAGAAUGUAGAAAGUCUGAACCGAUCAAGACUAAUAAUGAUAAUAAAGGAAGAAAUUUGUUUGAAUGUAACGUAAGAACAGUUGCUGCCUUUAGAGAAAUUGGAAAGGGCCAUGAAUCAAUCAUCAAUUUCUCUCGCUGCAUGAACGUUCAUUCAAUAUCGGAAUGGACUUAUCGAAAUAUAAACAAGGAUCUUCACGAUGCAUAUCAGAAGGUAGCAGUGGAAAGCAUGGGACAUGCAGCUGAUACUGCCUUAAAGAAAUGUAGAGAUGAUGGAGACGUCAUUCAGCGUGAAGAUAGGCAACUUGGACUUUGCCGUGUGUCGCUGGAUGGUACAUGGCAAAAACGAGGACACGCCUCUUUGAAUGGAGUGGUUACCGCAUGUCAUGAUGGGAAAUGUGUUGACGUCUAUGUGAUGUCGAAGCAUUGCAGUGUAUGCCAGCUGAAAAGACAGUCUUUACAACCACUAGAGUUUGAGGAUUGGUAUAAGACGCACGACUGUAAAAUUAACCACAUCAAAUCCUCCGGUGCGAUGGAAGGGGUUGGUGCAGUAGAGAUCUUUAGUCGAUCAACUAAGAGAGAUCUGAUUUACCACGAAUACCUAGGUGAUGGCGAUACCUCUUCGUACAAAGAAGUUGUUGCUUCAAAUCCUUAUGGCAACUUUGAUAUUGUACCCACCAAAUUAGAAUGCAUCGGUCAUGUGCAGAAACGAUUGGGUACAAGGCUGCGUAACAAAGUAAAGGAGCUCAAAGGAACUAGCACCCCUAUUUCUGGGAAAGGAAAGUUGACAGAGUUAGUAAUUAAUUCGUUGCAGAAUUUCUACGGUCGAGCUAUCCGAGAGAACACCAAUCAACUUUAUUAA